UUAGGAAAUUAAAAGAGAACCACACAGUGAGGGAGUCGAGAAGAGAAAAUCCGAUCGGGCGUCGGCCACACGCCGGAGCUCCGGCUAAGAGUAAAGAAAUGGAGGAAGAGAUUCAGAAUUUCUUAAAAGUUUGGAUUUCAAUAUGGAUUUGUUUGAGCUAUUGCUAUGGCGUCGGCGAAAGAAUUCCACAUGGUAUUACAAGAUUUCUCUUCAUUUUCCCUGUGAUUUCCCUCUUCCUUUACCUUCCUCUUAUUCUCCGCUCCCUCCAUCUUGGUGGCCUCACUGCCUUUUUCAUUGCUUGGCUUGCCAACUUCAAGCUCCUCCUCUUCGCCGCCGGUCAAGGCCCUCUCGCCGCCCCCGGAAUGUCCAUCGGUACUUUCUGUGCAGUAGCUUCCUUCCCAGUGAAAUUAAAACAAAACCCAUUUCAGAAAACCUCUGAAGCUGCCAUUAAUGGAGGAUCAGCUCGAAUAAAUGAUACAAACUCCAAUCACAAUCGCCACCGCCAAUCGCUUUUGAACUACACCGUCAAGAUCUUGCUAGUGGCGGCGCUGGUGAAGGCCUAUGAUUAUACCCACAUCCUUCCUCAAAAACUCCUCUGGCUCUUCCUCUGUUUUCACAUCUAUUUCCUCCUCGAGCUCAGCCUCGCCGCCGCCGCUUCCGCCGUCGCCUUCGGCGGCACCGUCGAACUCCUCCCCCUCUUCCACCAGCCCUACCUCUCCACCUCCCUUCAAGACUUUUGGGGUAGGCGGUGGAACCUCGUUGUCACCGGAAUCCUCCGCCCCGCCGUCUUCCGCCCUGCAGCCUCCGCUGCCACGAAACUUCUCGGCUCCCGGUGGGCUCCCCUCGCCGGAGUGACGGCGACGUUUCUGGUGUCGGCGGUGAUGCACGAGCUAAUGUUCUUCUACAUGUCUCGUCAGUGGCCGCCGCCGACAUGGGAGGUGAUGGCGUUCUUUGUGUUCCACGGCGGCUGUCUGGUGGCGGAGAUGGCGGUGAAGAGACUGUGGAUUGACACGUGGCAGAUGCGGCCGUUGCCAGCGGCGGUGUCGGUUCCGGUGACGGUGGGAUUCUUCUUUUGGACGUGCUUUUGGCUGUUCUUUCCGCCGUUCAUCAACACGUGUAAGGCUGACGUAAGGGUGGUUGAGGAGUACGCGAUCUUUGGCGCGUUUGUUAAGAAUAAUAUUCCAAGUAGUUUCUGGUCAAAUUUCAACAAUAACAUUGCUUUUAAUUAUGUUAAAAUACCAUUUUAGUCUUGAAUGUGCACGCACGUGUGAUGUAUUUUUAACCUUUAUCUUUUUAUUUGUUGAAAAUUGAAAUAAAAUAGUAAUUUAAGUACUUUAUAUUAUAGAUAGUAAAA